AUGCGUGCCAACCCAACCUACUGGAACUUCAAAGCGACGAGGUCGACAUGUGAGCGUCCCGGCUCGGCGGAGCAGACGAGCAUUCUUGUGUCGAUCCGUGUCUCGCCCCAAGCUGCAAGCUCAAGGACCGUUGCUCGGUCUGCCAGUGAAAGGGCAUCGUGGGGCGCCCCCGAUUCGGAAGCUUCGCAUUGA